UUUGUCACAUCAGACGUUCAUCUCACCAUGUGGAUACAGCCUCUCACAUUUGUAAACAAAUAUUGCGUCUUUGAGAAAGAUUACAUAUUUAGAUCGAUAUUCGUCUGUUGCCCUUCUUGAUUAAGGGGCUUCCUAGGUUUUUUAGACUAGGCCAUUGGACGCGAUGCCGAAAGGCAAGAAGAAAUCCAAGGCAGGUGGCACCCUUCGGGGAUCCCGGCUUGAGGCCGGCCUGGCACCCUCGAGCAGCGACGACGAGUCCAACGCUGACACAGCCAGCGUGCUCAGCUGCGCAUCAGAAUCUCGAUGCGGCAGCGAAGGCACUGUUGGUGAGGCGGAGGUGGAGGAUGGUGUGCUUCAUGAUGAUUUUGAAGAUAAGCUGAAGGAAGCAAUUGAAGGGACAUCUCAGAAAAGUGCCAAAGGACGCCUCUCCUGCCUGGAAGCCAUUCGCAAAGCUCUGUCCAACAGAUAUCUGUAUGACUUUCUCAUUGACCGGCCAACAACUAUUUGUGACUUCGUGGAGCGUGGCCUGCGUAAAGGCCGGGGCGAGGAGCAAGGCGUAUCUGCUACCCUGGCCGCACUGGCCUGCGUUCAUUAUGGAGCUGGCGAGGAGGCAGCCGCACUCUAUCAGACGCUGCUUCAGCCGUUGACCACUUUGCUCCUGGACAAAGCACAGCCACCACCAGUGCGAGCAAAGUGUGCAACAGCCCUUGGCCUGUGCUGCUUCGUGGCAGAGUCAGACAACUAUCCAGAGGUGCAGAGCUGCAUGGAGUCCCUGUGGCAGGCGCUGUCUGGGGCCAAACCAUCAACCGGCAGCAGCCCUGCCACCGUGGUGCACAGUGCUGCUCUCCUGGCCUGGGGUCUGCUGCUCACUGUGGCGCCCCUGGACAGGCUGCUGGCACAGGCCAAGAGCAACAUGGCCCGACUUCAAGAACUGUUGGAGAGCUCGGAUCUGGACCUGCGCAUUGCGGCUGGGGAAGUGAUUGCCAUCAUCUAUGAAGUAGCCAGAGACUAUGAUGAUAAUUUCGAGGAACCAUCGGACGCCCUCUGCAACCAGCUCCGGCAGCUUGCCACUGACAGCCAGAAGUUCAGAGCGAAGAAAGAGCGCCGUCAACAACGCUCCACUUUCCGUGACGUCUAUCGUGCUGUCCAUGAAGGGUCCUCGCCAGACAUCAGUGUGAAAUUUGGUCGUGAAGUCCUCGAGCUGGACACUUGGAGCCGCAAACUGCAGUAUGAUGCCUUCUGCCAACUGCUGGGAUCGGGCAUGAACCUCCAUCUGGCUGCCAACGAGCUCCUGAGAGACAUUUUUGAAUUGGGUCCUGUAAUAGCAGCUGAUGACCACAUCAUUUCAAAAGUAACAAAAUUCGAGAGGCACAUGGUGAACCUGGCAAGCUGCCGUGCUCGGACGAAGACCCGCAACAGGUUGCGCGACAAGAGGGCCGACGUCUUCGCCUGACAGCAGCUACGGUUUGGAGAGCAAUCUUCCUGGCAGCAGUGUCACAAAAUUGGUUUUGUUGUGAAGUGGUGACCCACUUCCUCCUCACUAUUGGGGCGCGAUGGAAAUCGGUCUCAAACACCAUCGUCAGAGAGAGAGAAUGGUCCCCCUUUUUCGGCGCGAUCCAGCUUGCCGAUUUGUCGCAGGACUUCCACCGCAUCGGCCGUUGCUCCCCCUGCCCUUUACCAGGUUCCCCUCGCCCAGUCCACCAUUAGCGCUCGUGUGCUUUAUUCUUGCAUUCCUGAGAAAUGUGGGCUUGGCAUUGUGAAUCAAGAAAGCCAGUGUAACACCGCUGCGAUCGCUGUUGAAAGCAAAAGCUGUUGCGUGUAAGUGGGUCGAGGUCAAAUACUAAUUCUGGUCUGAAUAUCCAAUUGUAACAUGUCGUGUUAGAAAGUUUUUGCAUGUAUUUAACUAUAUUACAGCUGCAGACACAGUUCUUUGUUGCAAUGUGUGCAUUGAUUCUGAGCCCCCAGAUUUUAGAGUUCGUUUGGCCGUGAAGAAACAACAGACUUAUGCUUUUAGGGCAAAUGCAAAGAUUGAGACAUGUUAUUGCAUGUGGCCUCAUAGUUUCUGAAGCGAUAGACACAUUAGGAGGUGCAGCAAGCUGGCAUUGUGGGUGGCCAGUUGAUCUGUGAUACUUGUUUCGAGACAUGGAGUUGCAACUCGACAGAGCACUGCCACGUAUACCUAGGUGCACAUCAGAUGUGCUUUGGUCAAAGCAGUUUGUUGACUGUACAGAAAUGGAUGUAGCUUGUUGGGGAGUAGCGCGCAGUUGUCUGCACGUACACGUGACCACUAAAGUUUUCGGAGUGCCGAAGUCGAGAAAAAGAUAGGAUUUUCUUAGUUUUUACCAGCUGAACUCUCGGAAGACAUGGGGCAGAAGAGGGAGAAGACGAGCGUCGCCAAGCUGUCAACUUGCUGCCAUCUGGUGGCCACGCAGGAAAGUGUGCAGUGCUCUUUUCGGUUCUGGCACAGGUCUGUUGGCCGUAAGGAAUUUUCAUUUCCCCACCCCCCAUCAAAGGUACGGUACUCCGAAAAGUCUUGCAGUCACAGGUACAGUGAGAGAGAGAGAGAGACGUGUCCUCCUUCAUUUUUUUUCCCCUCCAGUUUAGAGCAUUUUUGUUUGUUGUUCAGUAACCUCCAAAAAAUUUUAUGUUUAGCGUUAAGAGAAGACUAAGGCAUUAUUCUAAUUGUGUUCCAUGGCAGUGGCGAAUAAAAUGCGGCUGUUCAUAUUAAGGCACCCCUGGUAGUGGUUAGUGGUGUGACAUGGCUAGCAGAACAUGCCAACACAUAUCGCCGAGCUGAAAAGUUUAGUAAAGCAGCUUUUACGAAUAAGAGGCGAUAGUGUCGCUCACAAUCGCCAGGCAUUGCGUGAAUUGGAUUUGUCGCGUCGCUGUGUUCUGGCGUGUAGAUAGGACUUCAGGCACCUAGCAGGCGAACAUGUUCUUACGACUGCGUGUAGAUAUGUUUUUAUUUGUUGGUAUUCAUCUAGUCUUGAAAGUCGUCUAUUUUGAAGAGGAAAAAAAAAACUGCAGUUCUAUGCAAGGCAUUUGCAUCUUUCUUACAAAAAAAAAAAAAGCUAUAAAGACCAUUCUGGGAGCAACGAAUGUACAGUCAUGUAAAAAAAAAAUUGUGUUACGAACAAAGGACAGCUCAAAUAUUUAGACCUGCAGGUGCAUUUUAUAUCAAAAGCACGUCAGCUUAGUUUUCUAAUGGAUUGAAUUUGGGUGCACCUAUACGAUAGCGUGUUCCCACGAAAACGGGACGUAGAUAACAGUGUUAGUGUGUUUAGGCCCCACUGGUAGAGCUGUCCGUGCAUGCUGCACGCAACACACAAGCAGUUAUUUUUUAUUAUGACUGUACAUGAAAUUUACCUUAUUAGCUGGGACGCAGCCUGGAACAUGGCAGGCAGAUAUUCUGCAAUACUUAUUUGCAUACGCUCGUUUUAUUUGUGGGGACUUUGUGUACAGUUUUUGUUUUGAAUGAGAAAGUUGUUUUUCUUUGUGUUGCUUUUAUUUUUAAGAUACCUUGUUGUCUACUAUUGCGUAUGACGCUUGUUUAAGAGGUUUUUAAUAUGCCAUUUUCUUUUUCGUCUGCGCAGGCGGCCAAUGAAAUGCUCUUGCAACGCCUUGCUAUGCAGAUUGAAUGUUGUACAUGUUUGUGAAAAAACUUUUUGUCUAUAAUAAAUGCCUGGAAGUUUCCAUUGA